CCAGUGGUAGUGGCUGAAAAAUAACGGGAAACCUGACUUGUUUGGAUCGAAAAUUAAUUAUUUUACUAUAAAAUACCUUAUUAAAUUGGGUAAUUCACAGAUUGUGUGAUGUAAGAACAAGUAACAAUCUGUAUUUCACUAUUGGACAUAAGUUUCCUGAGGUUGAUAAUAAGUAAAUCCAGCCGAUAAUAAGAAAAAUUAUCUGGUUUUUAUUAUCCAUUCUAUAAGAGCAAAAUGUCAACGGGUCAACCUUCUUCGCCGGGAGCAGAUGACAUAAUAGAGUUUAAGGAUCACGACGCCUGGAAAGCCAAUCUGGUCAAAUCGGAGACAACGAUUACGCGUCCACUGUUGGUAUCUUGCAAGCGCUGCAAUGUAAAAGUAGCCACAAAGGGCGAUCUCUCAGUCCACUUGGCCACCGCUCAUCCUGAAAGACGCGUUCGCCCACCAAGAGGACCGGUCCCAUGUAAACAUUGUGGAAUAACUUGUCAAUCGCAUCGUAGCUUGAAUUUACACAUUAAACUUGACCACCCACUGGAAGUGAAGCCCCAAAGUGAUCCACAAUUCGAAUGUGUCCAUUGUAAAAAACUAUUCGGCUUCAAGUCUGUCUUGGAUCGUCACUAUAACACAAUGCAUCCGGAUCAACUGAGCUUUGAGUGUGAAGUUUGUAACGUACGUUAUAACCAUUCCUCAAAGCUUUUCGCUCACAGAAAAAAUUGCAAAGAUCCGACACCGAAAAUAGCGAAGGAAUCAACAAGCGGUAAACAAGCUCCGGCGCGUCGUAAAAAUCCAGAAGUAGCCGGUUGUGAUAAUGCCAAAAAACAUGCUUUUCAAGCUGAAUUUUUAAAGCAUUUACAAAAUCAAAGCUCGUACUCUGCCGAAGAGCCCAUUCAAUAGCUGUCCGGGAACAAAUGACUAAGACGACAAUGUGAAUAAAAAAGCAGAAGAAAGCAGAAUUAUCUUACGGAGUAAACAGUAUUGCUUCAUUCUAACUAUUUAUCAUUUGACUCUCAAGUCGUCAGAAGGAUAGAGUUAUUCUGAAUUUACCCUUGUUUCAUUAUUUCAAAUAUUUAUUAGAGACCCUUCAACUGAAUUCCUCAUACGGCACUUAUCACUAAAUAUUAUGGUCUAAUGUCCAACAAUCUUUGACGAAAACACGUUUGAAAAUCAGAAGACAAAAAUAAAGACACUCUUUUUUGGUGCAAG